AACUGUCAAUCAGGCGCGCUACCCGGAGGAGGGUGCAAGGUUCAAAGAGCCCGCCGAGUCUUCUCCACGCCCCUGCGCUGGGCCCCGGGUUCCGUCGCUGAGAAACGCCCUGGAACGUCUGUGGCAGCCUUUGUUGCGCUGGGACCCGCACUGACAGCGGGGAGUCAGAGGGGGGAACCUGGACACCGGAAGCCGGGAAAUGGACUCAGUGGCGUUUGAGGAUGUGGCUAUAAACUUCACCUGUGAGGAGUGGGCUUUGCUGGGUCCAUCGCAGAAGAGUCUGUACAGGGAUGUGAUGCAGGAAACCAUCAGAAACCUGGACUGUAUAGGAAUGAAAUGGCAAAACCUCAAUAUAGAGGAAGAUAAAUACAAAAAUCCUGGGAGAAAUCUAAGAUGUUUUAUGGUAGAGAGAUCCUGUGAAAUUAAAGAUAAUAGUCAAUGUGGAGGACCCUUUACCCAGAUUCAAGAUGGUAUUGUGAAUGAGAAAAUGCCUGGAGUAGAUCUAUGGGAAAGCAGUGAACAUACAGAAGUCCUCCUGGGUCAUUCAUCUCUUAAUUGCUACAUUAGAGUUGACACUGGACACAAACCAUGUGAGUAUCCAGAAUGUGGAGAGAAACCAUAUACACAUAACCAAUUUGGGAAAGCCUUCAGUUAUCAGCCCUACUUUCAAAUACAUGAAAGGCCUCAGCAUGGAAAGAAACUCUAUGAUUGUAAGGAAUGUGCAACCUUUAGUUCUCUUGAAAACCUUCAAAGACACAUGGCAGCACACCAUGGAGAUGGACCCUGUAUAUAUAAGUUGUAUGGAAAAGCCUUCAUUUGGCCUAGUUUAUUUCAUAUGCUUAAAAUAACUCACACUGAAGAGAAACCAUAUGAAUUUAAGCAGUGUUCUACAGCCUUUCCUGCUUACAGUUCCUCUCUAAGACAUGAAAGAACACACAGUGGAGAGAAACCCUAUCAAUGUGAACAAUGUGGGAAAGCCUUUAGUUGUUCCUGUUACACUCAGCUAUAUGAAAGGAUCCAGACUGGAGGACAAUCCUAUGAAUGUAAGCAAUGUGGGAAAGCAUUUUAUCAUCUUGGAAGCUUUCAGAGACACAUGAUAAUACACACUGGAGAUGGACCUCAUAAAUGUAUGAUAUGUGGAAAAGGCUUUCUUUCUCCCAGUUCAGUUCGAAGACAUAAAAGAACUCACACUGGAGAGAAACCCUACGAAUGUAAGCAUUGUGGGAAAGCAUUCUCUGAUUGCACAGGUUUUCGGAGACACAUGAUAACGCACACUGGAGAUGGACCUCAUAAAUGCAAGGUAUGUGGGAAAGCCUUUGAUUCUCCCAGUUUAUGUCGAAGGCAUGAAACAACCCAUACAGGGGAGAAACCCUAUAAAUGUGAAUGUGGGAAAGCCUUUAGUGAUUUCUAUUACUUUCGAAAUCAUGAAAAUACUCACACUGGAGAGAAGCCAUAUAAAUGUAAACAAUGUGGAAAAGCCUUCAUUUGUUGCACUUACCUUCAAAUACAUGAAAGAAUUCACACUGGGGAGAGACCCUAUAAAUGUAAACAAUGUGGAAAAGCCUUUAGGUCUUCCAAUUACACUCGAGUACAUGAAAAGACUCACACUGGAGAAAAGCCCUAUCAAUGUAAGCAGUGUGGAAAAGCACUUUCUCAUCUGAAAAGCUUUCAGAGACACAUGAUAAUGCACACUGGAGAUGGACCUCAUAAAUGUAAGAUAUGUGGGAAAAGCUUUGAUUCUCCCAGUUCAUUUCGAAGACAUGAAAGAAUUCACACUGGGGAGAGACCCUAUAAAUGUAAACAAUGUGGGAAAGCCUUCAGGUCUUCCAGUUACAUUCAACUACAUGAAAGGACUCACACUGGAGAGAAACCCUAUGGUUGUAACCAAUGUGGGAAAGCAUUAUCUGAUCUCUCCAGCUUUCGAAGACACAUGAUCACGCACACUGGAAGUGGACCUCAUAAAUGUAAGAUAUGUGGGAAAGGCUUUGAUUAUCCCAGUUCAGUGCAAAGACAUGAAAGAAUUCACACUGGAGAGAAACCCUAUGAAUGCAAGGAAUGUGGUAAAGCCUUCAGUCAUUCGAGUUACUUACGAAUACAUGAAAGAGUUCAUACUGGAGAGAAGCCCUAUAAAUGUAAGGAAUGUGGGAAACCAUUCCAUUGUCCCAGUGCCUUUCAUAAACAUGAAAGGACCCACAGUAUAGAGAAACCCUAUAAGUGUAAAGAAUGUGGGGAAGCAUUUCAUUAUAUCAGUUCCUUUCAUAAACAUGAAAGCACUCACUAGAAAAAACCCCUAUGAGUGCUGAACAUAUGGGAAAGCCUUAAGUACUUUCAGCUUCUUAUAAAUACACAAAAAGACUCAUGCUGAAAAAAGUUAUAUGAAUAUAAAAAUGUACUAAAAUCUUCCAUUUUUUUCAGUACCUUUUGAAAACAUGACCAAAUUCAUACUUAAAAAAAAAAAAAUACAGUGAAUGUGAGGAAUAUGAAACAGCCUUUCUUUCUCUAGCAAA